AGCUGCUGUUUACAGUGCGGAGAAACGACCCGGGAAUUUAUCUUUUGCUACUUGAACCUUUUCAACUCACCCCCCUGCCCCGGCCCCCCACCCCGGCAGACGGAAUGGGAGCGGUGGUGGUUUCGAAUCGCCGAUGGUACCUCGGAGCGAUGAGCACAGCACGCACCGCGUUUGCUCCGUGCCCCGUCAAACUGUUGCUGCUUUUUGCCGUGCUUGGCGGCAUUCACUGCUUUGGUGGUGAAAAGGAGUCCCUUAACCUCAGUGGCACCAACGAGAGCGUGGCCAACAGCAGGCGUGUCCGGUCCGUGAGCAACCUGCCACAGCCCCGUGACUGCAUCCUCUCCGCUUGGUCCUCGUGGAGCAAGUGUGAUCCCUGUCAAAAGAAAAGGUACAGAUUUGCCCGCCUGGAACAACCUUCUCAGUUCAAUGGAGAUCCAUGUGAUUACUCCGAUAAAGAAACCGAAGACUGCGUUACAAAUAAUCCUUGCAAGAAUAAAGUUAGAUGUGAAGGCUUUGUGUGCGCGGUUACGGGGAGAUGCAUUACACGGAGGCUGCUUUGUAAUGGGGAUGAUGACUGUGGGGACCAGUCAGAUGAAAAAAACUGCAAAAAAGUGUUUAAAAAAUGUGACCAGAAGAUGGAGGAAUACUGGGGAAUAGAGAAUCUGGCAAAAGGGUUAAAUAUCUUCACAAACAACUUGGAAGGAUUAGUUCUUGAUCACAGGUACUAUGCUGGGGGAUGUUCUCCCCAUUACAUUGUGGACACAAGAUUCAGAAAGCCAUACAACGUAGAAAGCUAUACACCAGAGACCAAAAGCAAAUAUGAAUUCACAAUGACUGAAUAUGACUCCUACUCAAAUUAUGAAAGCAACGUCCUGAAGGCAAAAGCUUCACAGACUAGCUUCAGCUUUGGGAUAAAAAUACCAGGAGUGUUUGAACUUGGUUACAAUUCUAACGACAACAGGUUCAAGAAGUUCAUUCAAAGGAUGAAAAGAUUUUCUUCAACUUCCAGCAAAUUUAUUCACGCCCGUUCUGAGCUGGCUGUCGCCAUUUAUAAGCUGAAGCCCCGAGCCCUGAUGCUGCAUUAUGAGUUCCUGCAGAGACUCCAUCAGCUCCCGUCAGAGUACAGCUACGGGGAGUACAGAGAGCUCUACAGAGACUACGGCACCCAUUACAUCACGGAGGCUACCGUUGGUGGCAUCUACGAAUAUACUUUAGUCAUGAACAGCAACGAGCUCCGAAAGGCAGGUUAUUCUCUGACCGAUGUCCAGAAAUGUGCACAGCAUGGCUUUAACAUUGGUGCAAAUAUUAACAGUGUCUAUCUGAAGCUUGGAAUAACUGAAGCCGGCUGUAAAUCCCUUUUAAAAGAAAUUGGAGACAGCACCUCCAAAAAACAGUAUGUGGAAGAUUUCAUUGUCCUUGUUCGGGGUGGAGCAAGCGAGCAUGUUACCGCGUUGGCUUACAAAGACCUGCCGACGGCUGCGCUCAUGCAGGAGUGGGGAGAUGCUGUACAGUACAACCCUGAAAUCAUAAAACUAAAGGCAGAGCCGCUGUAUCAGCUGGUGACUCCGACAGAUUUCGCUAAUGCAAUGGCAAUAAAAGAAAAUCUGCGACGGGCUCUUGACGAGUUUCAGCUGGAGACCAGCGCUUGUCGCUGUGCUCCGUGCCACGGCAAUGGGAUCCCCUUUCUGCAAGGAACCGAGUGUCAAUGCUUAUGUCCCCUUGGCCGCAGCGGCGCUGCCUGUCAGAUCAGCAAGAGGGAAGGUAAGAGGGACCCCAAGUCUGAGGAGACGGUCCCAGCAGUAUUUAGGAGUGUCCGGGGCGGGCGGCUGGUGGCUGGGGAGGAAUGCCCAGCGCUGGCUGUCCCCACUCUGUCCAGCCCAGUGCACAAGGGGUUAGAGUCCUGCGGAGGGACAGAGACACUUCGCCUGUCCUCUUCUAAAUCUCUUUGCACUCACGAGGAGGUGCCUUUACUUUUGCAAUUCAAAGCUGCAUAAACACACCGUGUAAUUAUAUCAAAAUACAAACUCCUACCUAAUUUACCAUCUGUGGCAAUCCUCAGGUCUUCUCCAACAGCUCUGUUUCCUAAGUUUUUCCCUUUGCUACAGCCAGUAUGUUGCAAAUUGGUUUCCCCCAGAUAUACUACCAUGCAUUUUAAUCUUAAAAUCUUACUAUGCUGUUUUGAAGUAUUUGCUAAUGCUUUUUGGUCACUUUGGAUCGCUGCUGUCUCUUGACUGAUGUUCCUAACUCCGUCUAUUUUAGGAUGAUCUGUGAAUUUAAUCAUUUUGUUUACUUCUUCCAGCUCAUUAAUUUAGAAGCUAAAUAAUAGCAAAUCUCAGGCACCCAGAGCUCUGGCACCAUCCCACAAUUUGAUGCACUGCAUUUAUCAUUGCGCUUUGUUUACAGUCUUUUAUCCAGUUCUCAUUCUGCAUGACUGUGUCCCAACUAAGCCAGGCUGAAAUUUAUUUUAAGCCAAGAUAUCGCUGAGCAGAGGGUCAAUUUUGUAGGUGUUUCUAAGGAAGUCCACGGAGCCUUAAUCUGUGGAGUCACUUACACCUUGUUCCAGUCUGCUUACCACACAUGUAAUCGCAUCUGACCCUCCCAAAGAGUCACAUCCAUCCACUUGUCAACAUGUAACUUCCUUUCUCACUCCCCUUUCCUCCUUUUAUGUAUUCUCUUCGUGUUCAGCUCCAUGAUUCUCGGGAUUUUGAAUUUAUGUCACUCACAUGCUCAGGGUCCAGAAGAAACAGUGUAAUAGAAAAAGCAAUGGAUAGAACGCUGAAUAUUCAAGCUGUUGUUCAUUGAAGAAGAACGUGCUAACAUUUCCCCUAGCACCUCCAAAUGUGGCUGACACAAGUUUAGCUGCUGUUUUCCUUACCUAAGCUUGGACUACGUCAGACAGAGAAACACCCUACAAGCAAAAAUAAAGCCAAUUGAUUUUUUUUUUUUUUCCUUGUCCUUGCUGCAUAAAGUGUAGUUUGAACAAACACCAGAAAUGCUGAACGGACAAUUAACAUCUUUAAAACAAUGACUCAUUGGUAAUGACUCAAGUAUAUUGUUAGUGGUGUGGACAGGGGCAGAGCUGUUUGUAUUUAAAUAUGAUUCAUGGAAGCCAACAGCUCUUCCCAUGGAAAGAGCUGCUUUGCUUUGUUCUGACAGUCCUUUCUGGCUUUGGGGUUUUUUUUUUCCAGAUGCUGCUAUUAAUGGAAACUGGGAUUGCUGGGCCAGCUGGUCUCCGUGUUCAGGAGGUCAACGAACAAGGAGACGACAGUGCAACAACCCUGCACCGCAAAAUGGUGGUUCAUCAUGCUCAGGGCCGGACGCUGAGAUGGUUACUUGCUAGAGGGAAUCACUAGGAACUUACACCAAGCUGAUGAGCCGUUUGCAGGCUGAGUGGGAAGAUGUUACCUGACUGGCUCACUAAGAUGGCUUCGCUCUGCUUGCAGGUCUCAUCCAAGCGCGUUGAAGUUGGAGACAUUUCAGAAGGCAUUGAGAGCUGGGGGGGUGUUAUGAAUCACACCUUUGGACAUGCUUUGCAGUUGUCCCAUGGGACUGAAUGCGCUUACUGUUCUUAAUAUUUUGACUUUCUCUGUCUUUCUUGCAAUGGGCUGAGACAAGCUUUAUCUCCUGCCUUAUUUGGUAGCUGCAUGAUUUUACAUUUUACUGUCUUGAAGGUUCCUUUGAGAUAAGAAAAGACUGUUUGAUCUUACGUGCACCAGAAUGUGCGCUAAUAUGCAGCUUCUGUGAAGACAGCUGUGUCAUGUGGAGCAAAAUACAGCAUAUUAAAGUCUAAAUCUCAAUGA